AUGAAGUUUGGAGGGGGAUUUUUGCUUCCCCAGGAUGAGGAUUUACGCUUCAUGGAUUCUUGGGUACCGGCGACUCCAGAGAAGCCAAUUCCGUUGAAGCGUCAUCCGAUUCCGAUCCCAGUCAACCCCCUUGGGAACCACCUGCAAGGAGAAAAUUGGCAACGAACUGGAAUUUCAAGGGAGCAUGUACAAAUGGGGGCUAGCUACAAUGACGUGACUCAAACGGUUAGCCCAAAUGGUCAACUACAGAGAAAUGGAGGGCAUAAUGGUUAUGAUGGAAGUCUGGCUGAGAAAAAUCAAAUGAUAAAUCAUGUUGCGUGCUCCUACAGUACAGGCUCCUUCACACAGUUGCUCCGCCCUGACAACGCAAGUUGGAACAAUAAUCCAAUUACCCAACUGCUGCAUGAUAAGGCAGCUUUUGUUGCCUCUGCAGACAGGAAUCUGAGCAGAAAUGUGGACUUAGCAAUGAACACACCUCUAAUUCCUAAGUUGCAUCCUCAAUUGGGCAACCAAGGAAACAACUCAGGCUGCUCCUUGCUAAACAACCAAAAUUGCAGCAAUGGUUCAUAUUCUUCAAGUACAGUGAUGAGCAGGUCCUUGGUUAUGGAUUUUCCUUCUCAAGUUGACGCAAGUCAGACUGAUUCCAACUCAGUUCAUUGGUUAUUUAGCAACCAAAAUCAUUGCUCAAGUUCAAACCCAUUGAGCAAUGGUGACAGCUCAUCCUUGAUAUGCCAGAAUGGUUUCCCUGUACAAUUCCUACCGAGCUAUGAUCUAAACUCCUCACCAAGAACAGAAGCAGAUGCUGCCUCAUGUAUUGCCAGCCAACACCCAUUCACAACAGAUCAGGCCAACAAUGUGGAGAACAACGAGCUUUUUGCAAUACUGAAAUCCUUGACAGAUGAAAGUGCUAGCGUGGAAAAGGACAAGCAAGUGAAAUUAGUUAUGUCUAUAGGAGAUGAAGCAAUUCAAAAACAUGGUGACGAACUCUUGCAGAACAUUGUGGAAUCAUCAUCUGCAGCUAUUUCUACACCAUACAAAAAAAACAAAGAUUCUGACUGGGAAGGUGACAGAGGGAUUGAUCUAAACAAGACACCACAGCAGAAACCACCCAAGCGAAGAAAACACAGGCCCAAGGUAAUCAGAGAAGGCAAGCCCAAAAGGACUCCAAAGCCUGCAACUCCAAAGAAUACAGAGUCUAAGGAGAGCCAGCCAGCAAAGAGGAAAUAUGUAAGAAAGAAUGUCCCAAAGGAAUCCCCAAGUCAAAUGUCAGAUGUUACAAGGGAAACAGCAGACCCUAAUUCUGGAAAAGUUGCAAAAUCAUGCAGGAGAGUUCUAGAUUUUGGUUUGGAAAACACCAUGGAUGAAAACCAAUGCAACACAGUUCGUCAGCAAGAGGAGUUGCAACAAGGGAACAAGAGAAUUAUUGAUUUGACUUUUGAGACUCAAGGGACGCAUAUGGGCACUGGAACCAACCAGGUUUUUAAAACAAAGCCAGCUGAGCCAAUGGGCCUACAGAAUGAAUUGAUGGUAGAAAACCAGAUGCCAGGAACUAUGAGUAACCCUACCCCUUUCAUGAACCAUAUUCCAAAUAACUAUACAUUCCUGCCAGAAAGGAAACCAUCUGCAGCCCCAUUUGCUACAACAAAAGACAUGCAUAUGAAAAAUUUGAAUGUCACAAGGAGACAUGUAGAAAAUGAUAUUUCAGAUUUAUGCCAGAGAAGAUGUAGAGAUGGAUACAUUCCCAUUCAGCAGCAUAGCCAUGCUGAAGGAAUAGGCCAAGAUGUCAUUCGAGCAAAAACCAACUGUGAAAACCUUCAGAAGACUAAAGAAAAUAUCAACCAGGGCGGCUCUCAAUCAGUACUAACCGCUCUCUCCCUUCCAAGUGAAGGAAGGGGAUCCAAGAGGGAUUACUUCCGUACUAUUGAACACACACAUCUUUCUACCAAUCAUCCACCUAGUUCAUUGUUGUGCCAUGAUAUAUUUCAGUUUAAUGGCCAUCAAAGAAAUAGUUGCACUCUCAGCAAAGAAUUUUCAGAAAGUCAUAAGAAACAGAAAUUUGAGAAUGGAUGCUUGAGUAUCUGUGACAUGCCUAGGAAAUUUACACCAGUUGAGGAGUGUCUGGGAAAAGUUGAAAGAAAGGGGGAAAAUAAUGUCAAAUCAAUUGGAAAAGUGAUAGAGAGACAGAACAAUACCUUAUUGAGUUCUUACAUUGAAAGUAGCAGAAUGAUAGAGAGACAGAACAAAGGAAUCAACAAGUUUACCAGUGGCAGGUACACUCACUCCAUCGCUUCUGGGAAUAAUUUUCUGAAUCAGCAGACCCCAUCCAAAUCACAUUCCUGCCAAGGAUUCGCUCUAGUGCAUAGCUUUUCUACCCAUUCCACAAUUGAAACAUGUGACCAGCUUACCUCAUCACCUCCCAGAAAAUCCUUUCAACCGGGAAAUGGGCAGGUAUUUCAAACUCGCAAAAAUAAUACGUCAGCAAAGAAGAAGACCGUGGGAUCCAAUAUAUCGAAAUCUGUUUCAUCAGGUACAGAUAAAGUCCCGCAAGAACAGGAUUCCUCAUAUGAUUAUCAGCAACCUUCUGCAAAAGCGAUAGGGUUUCCAGGAAGAACUAGAUGUAGUAUACCAGUAGACGUCAUCAUAAAUCAGUUUAAUGGUCUGAAUCUCAAUGGAAGCUGCAGCAAAUUUCUAAAGCAUGAGCGAAAUGCACUUGUCCCAUACAAGGGAGAUGGUGCAGUUGUUCCCUAUGAGAGGUUUAUUAAGAAACGUAAGCCACUGCCUAAAGUAGAGCUUGACCCAGAAACAAAUAGGAUAUGGAAUCUUUUGAUGGGCAAGGAAGGAAGUGGAGGGAUUGAAGGAAAUCAUAAGGAAAAGGAGAAGUAUUGGGAAGAGGAAAGAAAGGUUUUCCAAGGACGAGUUGAGUCAUUCAUAGCACGCAUGCACCUUGUUCAAGGUUAUAACUUUGACAUGGCCAUCUACACUUUUAUGAGCUCUUUAAAUAAUUUAAAUGCAAUCUUUUACAAAAUAAUGAAGCUCCAAACUGGAGAGGGCAGUUAUCAUGAUCAUCCUGUCCUGCCUGUCCUGCCUGUCCAACUAAGAAACUGA